CAGAUUAACUUUGACGAAGGAGACCCACGGGACCCAAAAAAAUUCUCUUAUGCGCGGAAGUGGACGAUCACUCUCAUAUGUUGUGCAUUCGCCGGAAUCACAGGGGCUGCAACGUCAUCAUAUGCGAUCAGUUAUGACUCCAUGAUAACGGAUUUGAAUUGCACUCGACUGCAGGCGACUUUGGGGCUGAGCUUGUACGCGAUAGGUUACGGGAUUGUCCCUUUGAUCUCUUCAUCAUUCAGCGAGGAACGUGGCAGACGACCUGUCUAUAUCAUGUCGUCGACUUUGUUUUUUCUCGCUGAAGUUAUGAAUGCGUUGGCACCAAACAUACAAACUGUGGUUGUGUCGCGUGCACUACAAGGGGUCUUUGGUUCAUGUGGUGCAUCGUUGAUUGGAGGUAGCAUUGCCGAUAUAUGGCAGCCACACGAACGCGGAUUGCCAAUGUCUCUGUACGCAUUCUCAUCGCUAUUCGCUUUCGGUCUUGGGUCAGCAUUUGGGGGGCUCAUUUCUGCCAGUCCGCACCUCGGUUGGCGGUGGGUGCAAUGGGUGCAUGCUAUGUUCACUGGGGCAUUUGUGCUUGCUGUCAUCUUAUUGAUGAACGAAACCCGUUCAUCGAUUAUUCUAACUCACAUCGCGAAGGACACGAGAAAGAUGACUGGUGACCCCAGAUAUCGGUCCAGCGCUGAAAUUGACAAACCAAACAUGUCAUCUUUGAUCAAGACGUCGUGCACACGGCCAUUGUAUUUUCUCUUCACAGAACCCAUUGUCCAAAGCAUUAGUCUUUGGAUUGGCAUCAUCUGGGGAAUCCUGUAUUGCUUGUUCGAAUCCGUUACGGCAGAAUUUCAGUCCGUCUACAACUUCAGCGUCAGCGACACAGGAUUUGUACUUCUUGUUGGAGCUAUCAUAGGUUUUAUGGCGAACAUGUAUCAGGAAUCCUUGUACCGGAAACACUUUUCGAUAAAGGGCCAAGAAGCACGGCUAUACAUGCCAUGCGUCGCUGCUGUUGUCUUGCCCGUCUCGAUGUUGAUUUACGCAUGGACGGCAUCACCUAACAUUCCUUGGAUAGUGCCUCUGAUUGCAUUAACUGCAUUUAUGUCUGGCGUCUUCGUGAUAUUUCAAGUUUCAAUUUUGUAUGUUGCAGACUGCUAUGGCCCAUAUGCCUCCUCGGCUCAAGCAGGGCAGAGCUUGGCUCGAAAUCUAAUGGGAUUGAUGUUCCCAUUGUUCACACAGCAGAUGUUUGCUAGUAUGACAUAUAAAUGGGGACUGACGCUUAUGGCGCUGCUAUGCGUGUUAAUGGCACCAACUCCAUGGGUCCUUUUCUUCUAUGGUUCAAAAAUUCGCUCUCGCAGUAAGGUCUCUCGUAAGAUUCUCGAGGCUGAACAGCAGAAAUGGGACGGCGACACGACUGUUGCUUCUAGUCCUACUGAGGAACAAAGCAUGCAAGUGUGA